GCUUAGCAUACUCGAUACGGCCAUGCGCAACCCUCUCCAAUGCUUUUCUUCGGCCCUACACCACUCGUAACCAUCCCGCAUACGGAGCGGGUCACCUGUCAACCGCACACCAUCACAACCACCAACAGCGCAGAGUCCUCCUAUAUACAUACAUUACCCCUCUAGUGCACCUCGGCUCUGCCCCUCGCUCGACAUGUCACUCCAGAGCGCGGCAGACGUGCCGCUUCUCAUUAGUUCCCCGAAUUCGUCGUCAGAGCGCCGUAUAUCGCCGUCGUGGUCCAUUGCGCAGCUCAAGGCCCGUCUGGAGCCCAUCACCGGUGUGCCCGCCAGCAGUCAACAGCUGUCGCUGCGCGUGGGCUCUCAGGAUGCCGUCGCCAUCACUGGCCCCGACGAGGAGCAGACGCGUCUUGCUGCUUUCCCGCUGCAGCCGUAUGCGGAGAUAACCGUCGUUGACACUCGUCCGCCGGGUGCGAGGACGGACUUCACCGACCUGUCGUCCGUUGAGAAGUAUGAAAUGCCCGCUGCUGAGUACGAGCAUCGGACCGAUAGUGUCCUCGCAUGGAAGAAGGCGCAAAAGCUGGGUCGUUUCGACCCCGAUGCUCCCAGCAUCGAGCAGCAAAAGAUCCGCGCCUCCGAACGGGAGGUAGAGGAACGAGGUCUUUCUGUAAACGGUCGUGUUCGCCUCCUACCCGAGUCAGAUGCCCGUCGGGGAACCAUCUCCUAUAUUGGCCUUGUCCCUGAGAUACCGGGUAUAGGCGUCUGGAUCGGCGUCACCCUCGACGAACCGACAGGCAAGAACGAUGGUAGCGUCAAAGGCAAGCGAUACUUUGAGUGCGGCAGCAAUUCCGGCGUCUUUGUACGACCUGAACGUUGCGAGGCCGGCGAUUUCCCCGCCCUCGACAUGGGGGAUGAGGAUCUGGAGGAGCUAUGAUCGGAACUCCGGAAAGGGGGACAGGACGACAGGACACGUGGGUCGGAGAACUACGAUAAUCGAGAAGGAGAUCGUCAGCGCAAAGUAAGCAGCAACGAAACUGACUUCAACCUACACAUCUACCCUCACAAUGACCAUGCCCCCGAAUACAAAGACACUUCUCCGUCGUCAUAGUAGUGGCUGUCCGCUCUGUUCCUACAACCCUCUCCAAGGAAGAAGGACUAUCUAGUUGGUAGUCAGCAAGAAUAACCAUCUGAACAUUCAUGAUGAAAACUAUAACUUGAUCCCUCUUUCAUUCUGACAUGACGACUGAUAUGACGUUCUCUCUCAUACCAGUGUAGUUACUGGGUGCCUGUUC